AGCGCUGAGUUCCCCAAAUUGAAUGAAGCGAUCGGUAAUUUACCCUCAGCUGCACUCAGACAACAAACCAUUCAACAACUGAUCAUCGAUUUGAUUGUAAUCGUAAUUCAAACUCGUUGUACAGCACUUGGAAGCGCUGCCCAAACACUGGACUUCCCUCACGUCGUGGGAGAAGGCAUUCAAUUGAAUGAAAUAUCGAGUUAUGCCAACAGUUUGGGCGAUAAAGCCAUCGAAUAUAUACGGACUGAACAACAAAAGGAUAACAAUAAGGGGUUGACAGUUGUCUCCCAAUUCUACCAAGAUUGUAUCGACGCAUUCACACCUAUUGCACGAUGGUUGUUUGGCGAGUUGCAAAACACUCAAGAGCCUAUAUUGCAGCUUGUUUAUACCUCAACUGUGAUGGGCCAAUUUUAUGAUCUUACCAUCAUGAUCGAGCGUUUGUCUGAACUCCGGGCCGUUAAGCCCCUGUCGGUCACCGGCAAUGAGCACAACCUUAUCAACCGAUUGAAGGCAUUGGAGAGUCGAGUGUUGGCCGCCGUUGAGUCAGCACAAGCCAGAGGUCCGAGAGGUUUACGCACUGAUCCAGUUAUGAAGGGUUAUUACGAUAAGACCAAUGCUUUUUUUAGCGCUGAGUUCCCCAAAUUGAAUGAAGCGAUCGCAGUCGGCUCUGUAUUUGGUUUGAACCAGAAUGAAUGUAUUGGUAAAAUCGAUAUAUCACCAUGCUACUGCAAUACCGAGAGCAUCAUCAUAUGCGAUUCAAGCAAUUUAACUGAUCAAACAUUAAGCGACGUAUUUGAGAACUUUGCUUAUAAACUUAAAGACCAAGACUACCAUGAUACAAUAAUCGACACGCUGUACAUCAACAGUUCAUCAGUAGUACAGUUACGGCCAAAACUAUUCGCUGGCAUACGUUUUAAACGCAUAUUUAUAGACAAAGCUUAUACCUUGAAAUACAUACAUCCAAACACAUUCAUUGGCACUGAACUGGACAUCGAGGAGAUCCGCAUUGAGAACACACCCAUACAUGAGGGCCCGCGUAAUGACCUGUUCCUGGCGUUAAACACGUUGCAACGCGUGGAACAUAUAAUUAUGCUCAACACAAGCGUAUACGUCAUACCGAGCAACGCGUUUAGGUCCCUGCUCAAUUUGAAUCUCUUGACGAUUGGCAGAGGUCAGGUAGAGAUUAUUGAGGAACGGGCGUUUAAAGAUUUACCCAGAUUAUGGGUACUGAAUUUACGUGAUAACAGGAUCAAUAGCGUAGGCGACCGGGCGUUUGAUUUUUUAGGCUCAACACUAAAAUCCAACUUGGUCAUUAUGCUAGAUCGCAACCGACUCACUCGCCAGUCCUUUAAGAGUGUCAACUGGUUUCCGGUGCCAUUGGGUAUAAAUGUGGGCAUAGAUUUGGACCUAGAUAAUGAGCUAAUGUCCGUUUUGCCCGAACCUAUAUUCUAUCCCAUUAUGAGUGCCAAUAAUUUUACAACAAUCAGAGCAUCACUUGAUUGCGAAUCGUGCGAUAAUUAUUGGUUGCUAAGCACCCGAUUGGGUCGCAAUCAUACAAAGUUUAUCACCUGUCGUAGAGGACCUAAAAGUUUAGACGAUCCUGCUCACUUUACUACUUGCUAA